AUGUCCAGAUCAUCGAACAUUAGCCCCGUUACCUCCUCCACCGGCACCGAAGAUAGCAACGAUAUACAAGAAAAUGCCGCUGAGACACCCAGCGAUCGCAGCCGUACCUCGCGGAGAAGAGCCAUGGGCCGCUCGCCAGUAUCCAACCAAGACCAAGACUCAGAAGACAUCCAACCUUCCGAAGAUGGCUCACAACGUUCUUCACCCUUAGUAGACCGACAACGGCGCUCUGAAAAGCUCCGUUCCAAGGCCGACAAAGCCAACGCUGCUGAUGAAGAGGAAGACGUAGGCCCUCCUGCUGCAUCGACCAGAUCCAAGAAGAAAGAUAAGCUGGAGAAGAAGAAGAAGUUGUGCAAGUGUAAUGGUAAAGUCCAAGACGAUCGAACUAUCGUGUGCGCGAAUCUCGAUUGCGAGAAGCAGUGGUGGCAUUGGAAGUGUGUUAAGUUGGAAGCAGAGCCGGAAAGGCAAUGGCUUUGUGGACCGUGUGGGAUUCUGCCAGCUUGUUAUACUAGGUAUAGGGAGGACCAGGAGUAG